UUCUCUCCACCCUAGCAGCAUCAGCGCAUGCGCCUUGGGACAUGGCAGUUUAAAAGUCGGUAGAGCGAGACACUGUCUGGUAUUGGCGCAAAGCACAGCGCGGGGGGCCCGGAGCAGAGAGGCAGCGCCGGUUGGGAAGCAGACGGGCAGGCUGCUGCGCCCCUUUUCCAGAAUGUGAAGUCCAGACUAUUAAUCAUGCCAUCCUGAGCGAAAACACUCUUGAUUUUGACCAGUGGGCAACAUUACAGAAGUUGUCCACUGCUGGCCAUAACAUGGCUACCAGUCUUUUGCUACUGAGCCACAAAAGAAGACAUAGGACUCUGAAAUCCUGCUCUGGAUCACCUUGAGGAGAAUGCUUUUGGCUUGGCACAACUUUCUGAUGCAGAGGUGCAUGGCUCAGAGGGCCUAGGUCAGCAUGCUCUUCCAGAAUCGCAAAGCCCAGCUGUUAUUGGUCAACUCCCUAACUUUUGGCUUGGAAGUCUGUCUGGCUGCAGGCAUCACCUAUGUGCCACCACUCUUGUUGGAAGUGGGAGUGGAGGAGAAGUUCAUGACUAUGGUUCUGGGGAUUGGGCCAGUUCUAGGCCUAGUGUUCGUGCCACUCAUUGGUUCUGCCAGCGAUCACUGGCAUAGUAGCUAUGGCCGCCGCCGGCCUUUCAUCUGGGUCCUGUGUCUGGGAGUUCUGCUGAGCCUUCUUAUCAUCCCUCAUGCACACCGCUUGGCCAGCCUCAUUGCCUUGGAUACCCGCUCCCUGGAGAUUGCCUUCCUUAUCAUGGGCAUUGGUCUGCUUGACUUCUGUGGCCAGGUCUGCUUCACCCCACUGGAGGCCCUUCUCUCCGAUCUCUUCCAAGAGCCUGACAACUGCCGGCAGGCCUUCUCGAUGUACUCCUUCAUGGUCAGCCUGGGAGGCUGCAUUGGAUACCUGCUGCCGGCAAUUGACUGGGACAGUAGCUUCCUGGCUCCUUACUUGGGGAGGCAGGAGGAAUGCCUCUUCAGCCUCCUAACCAUCAUCUUUCUCAGCUGUGUCUUGGCCACUGCCUUUGUCACAGAGGAGGUGGCAGCUCAGGUAGAAGUAUUGGCAGGCCCUGCAAUGAAGGAUUCCUCCAAGUCCCCACCCCUUGGCCGCUGCUGUUACUGGCUUCCAAAUAAUUUUUUGAGGGCCAGGCAUCUGGUCCAGGCCGUUAGGAAUCUUUGUGCCUUGGCCCCACGCCUGCAUGGAGUCUGUUGCCGCAUCCCCAAGGUAAUCCGGCAGCUUUUUGUGGCUGAGUUGUGCAGCUGGAUGGCCCUCAUGACGUUCAUGCUGUUCUACACAGACUUUGUUGGGGAAGGACUGUACCAGGGAGUUCCCAGAGCUGAGCCAGGCACAGAAGCCAGACGACACUACGAUGAAGGUAACCUGAUUUGGGGAAUUCGGAUGGGUAGCCUGGGCCUCUUUCUCCAGUGCAUCAUCUCCAUCAUCUUCUCAACAAUCAUGGACCGGAUGGUGAAACAGUUUGGGACACGAAUGGUCUACCUAGCCAGCGUGGCUUUAUUCCCAUUGAUGGCCUUCAUCAUGUGCUUCUCUCAGAGUGUUGUCAUCGUCACUGUUUCUGCUGCCCUGACAGGCUUCCCUUUCUCAGUGCUGCAGAUCCUACCAUACACACUGGCAUCACUUUAUCAUCAUGAAAAACAGGUAUAUUUGCCCAAAUAUAAAAGUAAAGAAGAAGAUGCAGCUCAACUAGACCAGAAACAUGGCUUCCUCAAAAGCCACCUUUCUGCCCAAAAAGUGACCUACCAGAAUGGACACAGUGGAAGCCUCUUCUCCCCCCCUGUGGCUGGCUCUGCUCUCUGUGUCAGCUCGCCCUGUGAGGUCUCUCUCAUGAUGAUGGUGGGAGAUUCGGAGACCGCAGCUGCAAGCCGAGGCAUCUGUUCGGACUUGGCCAUCCUGGACAGUGCAUUCCUCCUUUCUCAGGUCAUCCCAUCCCUCCUCAUGGGUUCGCUUGUUCAGUUCACGCAGUCUGUCACCGCUUACAUGGCGUCAGCUACUGGCUUUGGGUUGGUGGCCAUUUACUUUGCAACCAAAGUGAUCUUUGACAAAAGUGAUAUGGCCAAAUGUGCGCUGUAGGAAGGAAAAGACCAUUGAGUGGAGGGGGGGAGUCACGCACAUUGAAAGGGAUAAUGGAGAAGUGCCUCUUUCUCCCUCCCAGGUUGUGUUGUAAUGAGACAUACAAAACAACAACCACCACUCCCCUCUGGUUGAAGGGGAAAAAAUGCUGGGCUGAUCUCAGGGUAUCUAAUGAAAGGGAGUCUGGUAUAAUAAUGUUGUCUGUUCUCCCUGAUGCCUUCAUCAAAGUGCCUCUGUGCAGAAGCCUACAAAAGAGGCUUGCAGGCUUGAAAAGUAAAGGGCCAUCCUUUCUACCACAGGGUACUUAUUCUGAUAGCUUUGUCAAAUUGUGUGGGAGGAUGGUGACACAGUGCAAAAGGGACCAAAGUCAUAAUUAACCUUUUUUCUUAAGCCCUAUUCAUGCUAUUCUUUUUCCAUUGCAUGUGGGGAGCUGGGCUGCACUCGCUGUGGUCUGUCCCCCACUCUCAGCUCCACCCCAUGCAUUGGGUCUUCCAGUAUUGAAGUAGGGAGGCAGCUCUACGCAAGAAGGCUCUCAAAGUGAUUGAUGGGCAUUGCAGUCUCUGUGUUUCAGACAUGGAGCCCAGAUGCAUGGGGCUUGAAGGGGAUCAAUUGCCCUCCCACGUGAUUGGGUAGGGAACAAGUUAAUAGGACUUGAGUUAUGUCUUUUAAAAGCUGCUGUUGGUUGGUCUUCGUGUAGGAAAAUAAGUUGUUAUACUCAUGUAACAUAACAUUUUUGUCUUGGUAUGAACCAGAAAAAUGUGAACCAGAAAAAUAUGGGAAGGAGAUUGUGAAUUAGCACAUCUGUGCUGUUUGAAAGGGAUAUAGGAAUAAUUCCCUCCCUUUACCCAUUCCAGAUGUGCUGCAGGUCAAAAUUCUAGUUCAAGGUGGUAUAAGUAAGCUGAGCAGUGCUAUGUAGGAGGGGGCUUGUUUAGCAGAGGAUGCUGUGGUUGAGCUGGCGGCAAGUCUACAGUGGCAUGACGGAAAUGAAAAUGUUGGUCAUCAUCUGAUACUUUCCCCAAUGUAUGCCCUAAAUAAACCGUGCAGUUUGUGCCAACAAAAAGGCUCACGUAAACAUAGGCUGAAGAACAUGCCCCUUAAGUGACUGACUGCCCCAAACAAAUUACACUACCUUCCACUGUGCAGUCUUAAAAAAGAGGCUUAGUGUGCCAGCAAGGAGAAAAAAUGCUUAUGUGUAUGCCGCCUUUCCUGUUAAGGAGGUGAUGUGGCCAGCCCGGUUGUGCUAAAGGGCUCUGUCAAAAAAACACAAAAAACCCACCAACCAACUGUGUUCUUGUAUACCACAAGGCAGGCUUCAAGCUGAGCUUUUUCCAGUGUGUGAUCCAGCAUUUCUGCCACCCAGAUAGAGCAGAGGCUCUAUUUUUUAAAAUCUUUUUUUUGUUGCUACAAAGCAGUUUUUAAUGAGCCAUAUAGCUUGCAGCUAUUCACUCAGCUCCAUGUAGUGCAGCCAGUUGUAACUAAGAAGAAACUGCAUGUCCAGUACAAAAAGAGUUCAGGAUACAUAAAAUUGUGGGAUUGGGAAGCCAAAAUAGUAUCCCCUGUAUCCUGGGUUUAACAAAAUUUAACAGGAAAGGUUGCUCUCUGGGUGUAACUGGCUCAGGGCCAAACCUGAUGUGAUGUUAAAUUAUGUGAAUUCACAUUUUUUUGGUUUAUGUAACUAGCAGCCUUGAGGAAGCUUGUGCAGUUUGGGGAGGGACCAUGGGGCUGGGAUGUUUUAACUAUCUCUCUCCCUGCCAAAAAUCACCUCUCCAAAGCCUCCAUUAGUACCAAAGAGCAUAAGAAGAACCCUGAUGGAUCAAGCUAAAGGCCCAUCUGGUCCAGGAUCCUGUUCUCACAGUGGCCAAGCAGAUAUCCAUGGAAAACCUGCUAGCAGGACUUGAGUGCAACAGUAUUCUCCCCGCUUGUGACUGGCAUUUACAGGUGUACUGCCUCUGACCAUGGAGGUGGAACAUAGCCGUUGUAGCUAGUAGCCGUUGGUAGCUUCACCCUUCAUGAAUUUGUCUAAUCCUCUUUUAAAGCCAUGCAAGUUGGUGGCCAUCACUGCCUCUUGUGGGAGUGAAGUCCACAGUUAACUAUGUGUUGUGUGAAGAAGUACUUUCUGUUCUCUGUCCUGAAUCUUCCAACAUUCAGCUUCAUUAGAUGAACUUCGGUUCUAGUAUUAUGAGAGAGGGGUGGAAACCUCCCUCUAUGCCAUGCAUACUUUUAUACACCUCUAAAGUGUCCCCCCUUACUUGCCUUUUUUCUAAAUUAAAAAGCCCCAAACAUUGUAACCUUUUCCUUGACCAUUCUGGUUGCCAUUUUCCUGCUUUGCAAUAUCCUUUUUGAGGUAAGGCAACCAGAACUGGACAGUUUUCAAGUGUGGUCUCACCAUAAUUUGUAUAAUAGCAUUAUGAUAUUUCCAGUUUUAUUUUCAGACCCUUUCCUAAUGAUUCCCAACACCUUUUCCACAGCCGCUGUACACUCUGUCAACUUCUUCAUUGAGCUAUCCACUACACCAUUAAGGUCUCUUUCCUGAUCAGUCGCUGCCAUUUCAGACUCCAUUAGCUUAUAUGUGAAAUAAGGAUUUCUAGCCUGUGUGCAUCAGUUUACACUUUCUUACAUUGAACCAUAUUUACCAUUUUAAUACCCAUUCAUCCAGUGUGGAGAGAUCCUUUGGAGCUCCUUGCAAUCCUUCUUUGUUCUUACCAUUCUGAACUAUUUGGUGUCACCAGCAAAUUUGGCUACCUCACUGUUCACUUCUGUCUCUAGAUCAUUUAUGAACAAGUUAAAAAGCACAGGUACCAAUACCAAUCCUUGGGGAACUACUCAUUUAAUCCUGUUGUCUGCUUCCUGUUCCUUAACCAGUUAUGAGCCAUAAGAGGACCUGGGUGAGAGAAAGUUUAAACUUGCCCUCCCCACCCCAAUGAUGUUGAGACAGUACAGGCUUCCUUGUGGCUACUAGCUGCAUAAGAAAACCAAACCACACAUUAAUUGAAGUCACAUAAUUAAUGUUGUGUCUAGUUUGGUUAAAAGGUCGGGACUGACUUCCCAUCUAGCUCUUACGCAUUUUUGACCAAAUGGAAAUGUACUGCUUUCAAGUCAAUUCUGACUUAUGGCGACCCUAUGAAUAUGGUUUUCAUGGUAAGCGGUAUUCAGAGGGGGUUUACCAUUGCCUUCUUCUGAGGCUGAGGGGCAGUGACUGGCCCAAGGUCACCCAGUGAGCUUCAUGGUUAUGUGGGAAUUCAAACCCUGGUCUCCCAGGUCGUAGUCCAACAUCUUAACCACUACACCACACUGGCUCUCAUAUUUUUAACCAGGAGAUUCAAAAUUUAGGUAACCAUUCAUUAGAACAUGCAGGGAUACAAAGGCCAUUUAGUUCAGCCCCCUCAGAACUUGUAGGGACGUUAGUCCAGCCCUGUGUGUCAGCACAAGGUCCAAAGAGUGUUGUGGGCCUGCCAGAUUAUCUUUGUGCUAUCCAGACUGCUCUCACCUCCAGCCCAUGAUAAUCCUCAUCUGUUUGGGUAAGCGUGUGGUGAUCUUAGCAUGCAUCCAACUGCUCUGCAUAGGAAUCUGUGGAUCGGAACAAGGGGAGGUUUUAUUUUAGACAAAACACCUCUCCCACUUUCUUGCCUGGUAUAAGGACCUACCUAGUUUCUCUAGGCAUUGAUCUGAUGGACGGGAACUGGUCAACUUCUUUCACCAGCUGCUGACUGCAGUUCUUGCUCAGUGUUUUGUGUGUGUGGGACAGUACCCAUGUCUUACAAGCAACAGCACUCCCAACACUUGUGACACCUACCCACAGCUAUUCUGCAACCCUCUAAGGGAUCCUGAUACAUUGCUUAGGAACCCAACAUCUAGGCCAGUAAUCUUCAAUCCUUUCAAAGCAAGGUUUCACGUUUAGCCCGUCCAUGCAAUUGGGGACCCACUUCUUAAUUUUUUUUUAACCAUACAUUUGAAUGGUGGUUGUGCUGCUCUAGCAACCCACCUUAGUUCAGGAUUGGAUCCAAUCGUGGGUCUCAACCCAUCAUUUGAAGACCAAUGGCCUAGGUAAUGCAAAUAGUGCUGACAUGUGUUCCUAGGAAGCAGGCAUACAGAAUGAGUGCAAGCUCAGAGAGGCUCCAGUCAGUCUCAAGUGCUAGAAGAGGCAGGUGUCUGUGUGUAAGAUGUAUGCACUGUGUCUGGUGCAUCCCUUCUAAGAAGAAUAGUAUUCUGUUAUCUGGGCAAGUAAGGACAACAACUGUGCUUGGAAACUGGCAUGAGUACAAAAUCACAUCAAACACUCUUCUUGGGAAAUUACGCAUCACAGGUGUGGUUGAAGUGACUGUCCAGAUUAAUAUGUACAAAUUACUAUGUUUGAAGCUAUUGGUACUCAAGGACACGGCAGUUGACAAGCGAGAGCAAAUUAAGGGCUCCAGUGGUGGGUUUGGAUGUAGGGACUUAGCUAUAAUGACUGAUGAGAAUGUGUGUAGGGCUCACUACCCAAAAUUGUAACAUGAAGCCAAAAUGAUCCUUAAAAGCAGAGACUUAUGCUCUGAACAGUUGCAACUGUACCAGGUGUAAGGAUUAAAGGAAUGGGACUGUAAUAUGAACUGAAGCUAUGUGUCAUUCUCUUUGGGGCUCUUCAGUUUCCUGUUUCAUGGGAGCAAUGAAACUGCAGUGGUUGUGCAACUGGAAAGAAUAUUUUGAAACUUAAAUCUGAGCAGGGUGCUCCUUUCAAUGGAAUCAUUGAAAUUUAUUUUAUUAUUUAUUUAAAACCUUUAUAUACUACUCAGUUAUUUGCAUUUCUAAGCAGUGUACAUUUUAGAAUUGGAAGGGAUGUCAUCUAGUCCAACUUUCUGCCCAGUGCAGGAAUCUUGCAGCUACAACUUCCCUGGCAAAAGGUUGUCCAGCCUCUGCUUAAAUACCUCCAGUGAAGGAGAGCCUCCUACCUCCCAAGGCAAUCUGUUUUGAGCAUACACUAGCUCCAGUAAUCCGCAGUGUUGUAUUGAGUAUCUAUCUGCAAGCCCUCAUCUUCUAGCAAUUAGCCUGUUCUAAAUGAAUGUGGCUGUUAGGAAUGUUCUCUUUUACACUUGAAAUGGGCCAAUGAAGAAUCCAUCCAACCAUGCCUCCAGCUACCGGGCAAUGGAUGGACAUAUCCCUACUGUUGCUGUAUGUCCAAUGUUAACUUGGUUACAAUGGUGUCCAUUUUGAAAGCUUUCUUCAUUGUAUUAGAUUUCUGUUAGGUGGUAAGUUCUGUUUCCUAUUAUUACUGAUGUACGUUAUCCAUUCUCUCCCCCCCCCAAUGUCCUGCAGCUUUAUUUAAAGGGAACUUAAUAUUUCAAUGUUUGGGCCAGUUAUUGGAUGGUGCCUUUUACUUCUCAACAAGAGAUUCCUUUGAAUCAUUUGUUCUCAGGGGAAUGUUUCUCCCAUGCUGUGUCUUGCAAAACACUGUUUGCCAUUUGUGUUUUUAUUUAUUUAGGAAAGUAAAUAUUUUGUACAGUUUAUGUUCCGGGGAUAUUAAAAGUCUAUUAAGGAGUGGAAA